GACGCCCACAUCCGUCAUUUCCGAAACACCGACCGCGAUAAUGGACACGAGCCCGGGAGAUGGCACGCUCCUUGGUCGCAUCAUGCGUAGCGCCAGCGCUGUGUCCUUGCCACUACCAUCGAUCACCUUCCCAACGGCCUUCUCGGCGCCGGCCCUGGCCACCAUGGACGAGCACGAUGAAGCGCGUCAAUCUGGGACGAGCGGCAGCUUCCCAUGCUUGAAGAAAGGUCGGCUCCUCGUCGAGGUCGAUGGUAUCCAGCGGCAAUGGGAGCCAUGUACAGUUGCACUUGUUGGCACAGACGUCUCGAACCUUGCACUCCACUACACUGCCGACGCCACCGAAGGCAAGACAUCCGUCGUUCGUCUUCACAGCGCCACCAUCGACCUCAUGGAAGAAAUCUUCAGCGUCAUCACAUUGGAACAGACAUGGUAUCUCUGCGCCGAGAGCCAGCGCGAGGCGGAGGAGUGGGCCGACACGAUUUGCGGCGCGCUCGAGGCUGCAGCCGGGCGGUCGCCGUCAUCGACGCCCUUGACGAGCCGCCGACGGCGGCUGUCGUCGCACGUGACGGCGUCGACUGUCAAAGAGAUCCAGACCCGCGAUGUGUGGACGCGCGUCGACGAGUUUGUCGAGAUUUACGUCCGAUCCAACCACCACGACAUUCACCGCCAAGCGACGCGGGGCGCGUUCUCGUGGUCGUGCUUGCGCAACCUCACAUGGCGUCUCUGGCUCGGCGUGCUACCGCAAGCGGCGUCGUUCGAGGCAUGGGUACCGACAACGCAGGUAGCGCGCGUACGAUACGCACAGCUUCAAGACCGAUAUGCGUUUGAGCUGCCAUCGGGCAUCGACGACGACAGUGAAGACCCGUGCUUCUACGAGGCGGUGCCAUCGCCAAAGGAGCCGACGCUGCUGUUGCACAUGAUUCAGCGCGACGUGGUGCGCACGCGAUGCGCGAUGCCCUACUUUCGCGAACCCGAGACACAAGCAAUGCUCAUUCGCAUCCUCUUCAUUUAUGCCCAGGAGCACUCGGACAUGGGCUACCACCAAGGCAUGGGCGAGCUCCUUGCCGUCAUGGUGUACCUCUUGUACAUUGAGCAGUUUCCACUGGCAGCGGCACCCAGCAGUAUACCGGACUGUCGUUGGUCAUUUGAGAACAUCUCGGUCAUUCACGGCGCGCCCGUCGAUGAAAAUGGCGCUUGGGACGACAACUCGUACGUACACGUGGACGUCGUCGACGUCGCCCGCGCACCAUCAAUCCUCGAGAAGGGCCAGUUUCUCGACAGUCACCCCUUCUUAUCGGAUGACAGCAAGCCCACAACUGCGUGCAAGGAAACGAUUGUCGAGCUCCUUCAAGCAGUCACGUGUGGCGACUGCAUUGAGCACGAUGCAUAUGCACUCUUUGCAGCGCUCAUGGAUCGCAUGACGGGUGUGUUUUGCCCUACCGAGAGCCACGGCUGCUCCAGCUUGCACAUGCAGUUGGAACGUAUCCAAUACGAUCUCCUGACGCGCUUGGAUCCCGCGCUGUCGCUGCACUUGCGUGAGCUGCAGGUGCUACCAGAAGUCUUUCUCCUCAAGUGGGUCCGCCUCCUCUUUGCGCGCGAGUUCCAAAUGUAUCAGGUGUGGGCGCUAUGGGACGCAAUUUUAAGCGUUUCGUCCGACGACCUCAGCUUUGUCCAAUACCUCUGCGUCGCCAUGCUCCACGAGGCGCGCGACGAGCUCUUGGCGCAAGAUGAUGUCGCUGGCGUCCUUCAAUGCUUGAAAGAGACGUCCGUGUCGUAUGGGAAAGUUGUCGACACUGCACGUGAAAUGCAUGACCGCCUCUUGUGUGAGGACGCCAUCGCUGUCGCCACGCGCAGCGAUUAA